GCGUCAUGCUACCCUUUGUGCAGUUAGCUGCCUACCUGCUUUACCAUUUGCGCAUUUCAUUUCCCAGCGCCGGAGACCUAUUCUUCUUGUCAGUGUCGACGAUAUCCACCUGGACAGGCACGCUUAUCCCUCUCCCCCCGCCAUUUCUGCAUUUCGGAGCAGUGCGUAUGCAAGUGUGUGGGCAUCUAUCAGAUACUUCGUAGGUAGUCACUUAGUAAUGUUUCUGUUUAUCUUCUUGUCUACCUGUAUGCUUGCUGACCUACUGUAUGUAUCUAUAUUACGUAUUUCGAUUUCCACGUCCAUGGUGGCAAUGUACUAAGCUAGGUGUCUAUUCCAUAUUGACCACCACCCACGAAGGAAAUCUCGAGAGUUAGUGAAAGCAAAAACUGAUACAAAAAAAAAAAAAAAAAACAAGAACCCCGGUUUCCGGUCAUGUCGUGGUCUGGCGAGCGGCCGCGGUGGCGGUAUUGCCGAGCCAAUGGCGCUUGUUGGAUAUUCUGAAUUCCAAUUUAACAGAAUAAAGGCCCCCAUCCUCUCCUCUGUCUCUUUCUGCAGGUACUAUUGUAGGGCAUGCGUCUAAAUCCGAUAAUCCGAUAGUCCGAUUCGGGACUUAAUGCAGUUGGUUGUCGUCGUACAUUGCAUUAGAUACCUAGCUGUGUAAUGGACAGUGAUCGACUCUCGGAUGUUGCCUCUGCCGCUGCCACUGCCCUUCUUUGGAUACCUCCCUUUGUAUUUGGGUUCCUAUCAGUGGGAACUUUGCGUAGAUGGUAUGAAGAUACCCAGGACACGAGGAGGGGGAGGAGGGCGUCGGCGAGCGGAAGGACGCUGGCCCCUGAGGGCCGCAUGUUGGGCUGCGUUUGUAGGUGUUGGACAUGUGUGUGUGCUCGUGUGUUAGGGUCAUGGAGUAUGAAAAGCGGUCCUCAAACACUCUGCGUAGUGCAAGGUGUGUCAAUGAAUGACCGAUUGCAGAAACAGGAAUGGAUGUACGGAGAGGUGCAAUACCAUAACGCUACAUCAUAAAAUGCUUUGUCUGUCUGUCCUACCCACGACGCGGCACGUUCGUAGAAGCGCGGAGCGUACCACUCACGACCACCUAGCUCAUAAGACUGCAUGGGCGGCUUUUCCCGUGCGGAGGAUUGUCCCAGUCGUCGACAAUAGUCGGUAUCAGACGACAGUUGUCUUUCGCCAUCGUGUGGGUAAGGUAGCAUCAAAGCGAAGAGGAGGGGGAGCCUUGGAUACGGGACGGUGGUUUUCUGGCAAAAUGUCGCCUUGUCACUGGUGUAAUUACAUACUUACUUGCAUACAUCCAGCAGUAGAGUUGCAUACAGAUACGUAUGCGAGUUUGCGGAGGGAAGGUUGUCAAGAAAGCAAAGUCCUUCCCUUUGAUUUUUUUUUUUUUUUUCCCUCAUACUCUCCUGCCCCGCCCCUACGUAUUGUUUUUGGCUCCUGCUUGCAGCAAGUACCAUGCUU